AAUAUCGCACUCAGCAUCUUCGAACGCUGCCAGCAUCUGCGGGCCGAUGAGAUAAUCUUCCUGCGAUAGGCUAAUAAUCCGCUUCUCGUCUCACCGGGUGGACGUUCGGUUCGCUUUCUCCCGCGUUGUAUUCUGUGACUGUGAACCAGGUUAUAAUCGUGUCGUGUGUGAAAAUUGGACAACAAUGAUGGAUCACUUACCAUCCAGUUCCGACGAUCAGGACGAGGACCGCUGCUGCCCGGAAUCGGUACAGGUGCGGCAGCAUCUGCGGACGCCAAAAUGUGCCCGCUGUCGGAAUCACGGUGUCAUUUCCUGCCUCCGGGGCCACAAGAAACUGUGCCGGUGGCGGGAGUGUUGCUGCGAGAGUUGCCUGCUGGUGGUCCAGCGGCAGAGGAUUAUGGCCGCUCAGGUGGCUCUGCGUCGACAGCAACAGCAGCAGCAGCAGCAAUCAGUGGGUGGGGGUGGUAGCAGUGGUUCCACCAUUGGGGGCCACCAGGCGAAUGGGAAACUGUUCGAUUUGGAGGAAUUGAUUGUGCAGAAGCAAAUCUACAGCCAGCAGCUGAAAGGUGUGCAGAAAUUGAAAAUGGCCAGUAGGAAUAUGCUUUACGAUUCCCGCAAGUUUGCUCCCUUCUUCGGGUCCCCUCUGACGGAACGAAUGCGCAAGCGACGAGCAUUCGCUGACAGUGGUUUAAUGAAUGCACCCGUCCUGCUGGAACUGCCAAGCUCUCCUCCCGCUUACGUCAGCCCUGCAUCGUUCCUGCCUUUGAAUGCGCCCUUGAUUUUUCAUCCGUUGGAAUCCGUGCGGCCCGAUCAUCACCCCCAGAGAUUCACGCCAAGUGGAAUGAGCCCAAUCCGUUCGGAGCUCUCACCCAAACCGAAACUCUCCUUCUCGAUAGAAUCGAUCAUCGGAGUCAAAUGAUUGUUCUUUCUAGCAAACCGCACUCACCUCUGUUGUUAUACACUAUUAUCUUUUAUUAAUGUACAUAGUUUUGUUCUGUUAAAUAAAAUAAACCAUAAAAUAUAUAUAAAAUAAAACAGAGAUU